UGGCACACAAAAGAUGCCUUGGGGAGCCUGGUCUCUAGGCAGCAGGAUCAGUGCCUCCAUCUUUCCUGCUGUACCUACAGAGUGCCAGCUGAUGAAGACUGAGCGGCCACGGCCCAACACCUUUGUCAUACGCUGCCUGCAGUGGACCACAGUCAUCGAGAGGACCUUCCAUGUAGACUCUCCAGAUGAGAGGGAAGAGUGGAUGCGGGCUAUCCAGAUGGUCGCCAACAGCCUGAAGCACCGGGGCCCGGGCGAGGGUGCCAUGGAGUACAAGUGUGGCUCCCCCAGUGAUUCUUCCACAUCGGAGAUGAUGGAGGUGGCCGUCAGCAAGGCACGGGCCAAAGUGACCAUGAACGACUUCGAUUAUCUCAAACUCCUUGGCAAGGGCACCUUCGGCAAAGUCAUCCUUGUGCGGGAGAAGGCCACUGGCCGCUACUACGCCAUGAAGAUCCUGCGGAAGGAGGUCAUCAUUGCCAAGGAUGAAGUGGCCCACACCGUCACUGAGAGCCGGGUGCUGCAGAACACCAGGCACCCCUUCCUUACUGCGCUGAAGUACGCCUUCCAGACCCAUGACCGCCUCUGCUUCGUGAUGGAGUACGCCAACGGGGGUGAGCUCUUCUUUCACCUCUCCCGGGAGCGAGUCUUCACGGAGGAUCGGGCGCGCUUUUAUGGUGCAGAGAUAGUAUCGGCUCUUGAGUAUUUGCACUCAAGGGAUGUGGUGUACCGUGAUAUCAAGCUGGAAAACCUUAUGCUGGACAAAGAUGGCCACAUCAAGAUCACUGACUUCGGCUUGUGCAAAGAGGGCAUCAGUGAUGGGGCCACCAUGAAAACCUUCUGUGGUACCCCGGAGUACCUGGCGCCUGAGGUGCUGGAGGACAAUGACUACGGGCGCGCAGUGGACUGGUGGGGGCUGGGCGUGGUCAUGUACGAGAUGAUGUGUGGCCGCCUGCCCUUCUACAACCAGGACCACGAGCGCCUCUUCGAGCUCAUUCUCAUGGAGGACAUCCGCUUCCCACGCACACUUGGGCCGGAGGCCAAGUCGCUGCUCGCUGGGCUGCUGAAGAAGGACCCGAAGCAGAGGCUCGGCGGAGGGCCCAGUGAUGCGAAGGAGGUGAUGGAGCACAGGUUCUUCCUCAGCAUCAACUGGCAGGAUGUGGUUCAGAAAAAGCUCCUGCCACCCUUCAAACCUCAGGUCACUUCUGAAGUGGACACGAGGUACUUUGAUGACGAGUUCACUGCCCAGUCUAUCACAAUCACACCCCCAGACUGCUAUGACAGCCUGGGCUCGCUGGAACUGGACCAGCGGACGCACUUCCCCCAGUUCUCCUACUCGGCCAGCACCCGAGAGUGAGCAGCCCUCUGCCACCACAGGACACAGCACGGCCGUCAUCCACUGCCUGGGUGGCAUUUUAAAGAAAACUUUAUUUUGCCUUUUGGUUUGUGUCCCUUUCCCUGUCCCCUCAUCCCGUACCCAGUCUCUUCAGUUCUUGCCCAGACUUAGCGGUCCUGGCAGCCCUCUCCUCCAGCCUCCCCUCUGGCCCAGAUGAAUGCUGGGAGCUGCCCAAUGGUGGGCUGCUGGGAGGAUGGAGAGUGAGGUCAUUAAUCACCAGCCUCCAAGAAG